ACCAAGCAUCCUAAAAAUAGCAACAUAAAUAUGUAAAUUAUUAAUAAUGGAAUCCAAAUGUCCAAAGACUCCAAAGUCCAAACCCCAAACCCCAAUACAUAAACAUACAGAAAAAAAGCACCGGAUGGCCAGCAGCGGCAUCCCAAAGUAAGCAAGAAAGGAAGAACAUCCUGCUCCCAGUACUAUGGCCUGUCGCUUUCUCUCUCCCCACUUUUGCUCCAUUUUCUUCUUGCUCGUUCCAUUGCUUUCCCUGCUUUCUCUUCCAAGGCCGGUUCUCUGUCAGUGCAAAAGACCUCCGGUUAUCUUCAACUUCGGGGACUCCAACUCCGACACGGGUGGACUUGUCGCCGGGCUCGGUUUCCCUGUCAAUUUUCCCAACGGUCGUGCCUUCUUCCACCGGUCUACCGGCCGGUUGUCCGAUGGCCGGCUCCUGAUUGACCUCCUGUGCCAGAGUUUGAAUGCAAGCUUACUGAGCCCAUACCUGGACUCCUUGGGAGAAGCCAAGUUCUCAAAUGGGGCAAAUUUUGCAGUGGUGGGGUCCUCUACUCUCCCUCGCUUUGUCCCAUUUUCUUUGAAUAUUCAGGUCAUGCAGUUCCUUCAUUUCAAGGCUCGCUCCAUUGAACUUGCAGCCGCAGGUUCCGGGCCUUUGAUCAAUGAUGAGGCAUUCCGGAAUGCACUUUACAUGAUUGAUAUGGGCCAAAAUGACAUUGCCGAUACAUUCUCCAAGAACCCAUCGUAUGCACAGGUUGUAAAAAGAAUUCCAUCAGUCAUUAGAGAAAUCCGCAAUGCUAUCAAGACCUUGUAUACUCAAGGUGGUCGGAACUUUUGGAUACAUAACACCGGGCCAUUGGGUUGCCUACCUCAAAAACUGUCAUUGGUUCAAAACAAGGAUUUGGAUCCGUAUGGAUGUAUUUCAAGUUAUAAUUCUGCUGCAAGAUUGUUUAAUGAAGGACUGCGUCAUUUGUGCCUAGAGAUGAGAUCUGAACUGAAGGAUGCUAGCAUAGUCUAUGUAGAUAUAUUUGCAAUCAAGUAUGAUCUCAUCGCCAACUCCACCAAAUACGGUUUCUCGAGUCCCCUAAUGGCAUGCUGCGGGAAUGGAGGUCCUCCAUACAAUUAUAAUAUCAAGGUGACAUGUGGGCAGCCUGGCUUUCAGGUCUGCAAUGAAGGAUCUAAACUCGUAAGUUGGGAUGGGAUCCAUUAUACUGAUGCUGCAAACACCUUUAUAUCAUCAAAAGUACUUUCCGCAGCUCAUUCUACACCACAUACUACGUUCGAUUUCUUUUGUCGUGGUUGACCACUUACUCGAGGAAAUAAUUAGUGCAUUUUCAUGUCUCUCUGUUUCUUGUUAUUAUUCCUCGAGCAUGACCCUAAUCUUUGUAAAAGAUAAGAUUUUGGUCAAGUUGAAGAGGGUACUUGUAAACUACUUGCCAUUUGCCACGGAAAAAGGUCUAUGGAGGAUUUGCAUAUCCCUCGUAUGACCUAGUUUUGGAUUGUAAUUUAGUAAGUAAAUAAAUUAAUAAAUUAGGGCCAAUUAAUAAUAUAGUUCGAAAAAUAGUUUUUCAUA